AUGGUGUGCCAAGCAGCAAGCCAAACGAGAUUCCGGGCAUUGAAACAUGAGAGUGGGAUUGCAGGGAGAGCAACUAUCAUAGUUAGGGUUAUAGCAUGCUUUCAACCUUUGCAGGAUUGCCAGGCAGGCGAAUCAAAUGGAGCUUAUGGAUUGGCCCAGGAUUUGCCUCAGUUGGAGAGCCGCCUGCUCACUCCAAAUCCAUUCCCCUCAGAGUCUCAAAGUGAUUUUCCAUAUGUACUUGGGGUCAAGGCUACACCAAAUGCCGUGGCUGGGUCUAAUCAGAGGAGAUUCCUUAUUUUCGAUCAGUCGGAAAAUCAAACUAGAUACUUUCUGAGUCCUUUUUCCUCCCUUUCCCAGAAUCCGAUUAUUGUGCCCAAGACGGCUGUUCAUGUUUGUGAUUUGCAUGAAGGAAAACAGGCAGCUACAGCAGGGCAAAUAUCUCCAAACGAGCACUUCAUUCAGGGGAAAUCAGACGAGAAUCCCUUAUUUGGUGAAGGAAGUGAGAUGCACGAAGACACAGAAGAAAUCAAUGCCUUACUAUACUCCGAGGAAAAUGAUGAGGAUGGUGAUUGUUCUGAUAGUGAGGACGAUGAAGUAACAAGCACGGGUCAUUCCCCACAAGCUAUUGGAAGGAGGAGUGAUGAAAAGCGUGAACAAUUUGAGGAAACAACAGAGGAAGUUGCUAGUUCUGAUGGUUCAACUAAAAGGCAAAGAUUACUUGGUGGCGGGUACAAGGUAUCAUCAUUAGUGGACACUGCAAGUUCCGUGAAACUGGAUAGGUUCUACAAGCAUGGUGAUGGUGUCAAAUCAAGUUGUGCACAAAGUAGGAUCUAUCGUAAGCGUAUUUGCUCCCUAUCAAGCUACGAUCAAUCAACGAAGGGUAAUAUACGCAUGACAUUGAGAAUUCUUGAGAGUAUACUUCCUGGCCCAAAGAGCAAUGAUCCAUUGGUGAUAAUCGAUGAAGCUAUUAAUUAUUUGACAUGUUUGAAGCACAAGGCCAAAACUAUGGGAGUUAACUACCUUUAAGCCCCCCUUCCGCACCACUGAUACUAGUAUGUUGGGUCUGAGGGUGCUGUUGGUUAGAGGGUAGAGUGAAGGGGAAAAAGGGUAAGAGUUCUUUGACUGGAAUCAUUGCUGGAUUUGAAUAAUUGUAAGAUGGCUUUAGUUGGUGAUGCCUUCACCAUCUCUCUCUCUCUCUCUCUCUCUCUCUCUAGAGUAUUGUGUAUAAGGGGCUGAUAAAAGGAAGGCUAAAUGGGGUGAAUUGGACUUUACCAGGAGGUGAAGGAAAAUGGGGUUAUGAUUCUUGACUCGGAAUGAUUAUUUUUAAGCUUUUGGGGGUUAAAGAAAGUCACAGAUUUGAACGCAUGGUUACAGUAGUGGUGGGCUGUGCUGUAAAUGAGGAUAUCGCUUUUCUGAAAUUGCUGAGAACCCCAUGGAUUGAGUGCAUGCGUGUUAGGUAAUCAGGUCCCACUCUCCACCUCUCUUUGCCUCUUUCAUUUUAUGCUUUCAUCAUUCUCUCUCUCUCUCUAUCUAUACUGGGUGGUGAUGGGUCAUAGGAGGAGAAGAGAUGAGGUGGGACCCUCAAAGAUUCAUCAUGGAUUAUGGUGGCCCAUCCAUGAUAAAAUCUUGUCGUGAAGGUUGGUUUAUUUCAACUUGUGAACUUUGUACAGAGCUGUGGUUGGAGUCUAUUUUUAUGAUGAAGGAUGUGUGAGCACAUGGGAGUCCUGUGUCUUGUUUCUACUGUGUGUUUGUGUGUAAAAUAAAUAUUCCGAGUGUGCAGAUGAUGUGGUGGCGAAUACUAAGCUGGGUUUCAAUGUAUUUUACUUUCCUGCUACUACUGUUGUUUGUUUCUUCUCCUUUUUCUAUGUAUGCAUGUUUGUGUCCUUUAUUGAUGAAAGAUAAAUGAUUUGCAUUGUGAUUUCUUUGUUGAAUAGCUGGCUGAUUGUGAUAUUGAUGGACAGUAG